CUGGCCGGACGGGACAUGGCCUGGUGGCCGAUCGGAGCGUCUCUGUUUGCCAGUUCAGAGGGCUCAGGUCUCUUUAUUGGUCUGGCUGGGACCGGAGCUGCUGGCGGCAUCGCUGUCACUGGGUUUGAAUGGAAUGCCACCUAUGUGUUGCUGGCUCUGGCAUGGGUGUUUGUGCCUGUCUACAUAUCCUCAGGGAUUGUGACGAUGCCGGAGUAUCUGGGUCGUCGUUUCGGAGGAGAGAGGAUCAGAACCUACCUGGCUGUCCUCUCGCUGUUGCUGUCUGUCUUCACAAAGAUAUCAACUGACCUGUACUCUGGAGCCUUGUUUGUUCAGGUGUGUCUGGGAUGGAACCUCUACCUGUCCACUGUCCUCAUGCUGGUGGUCACUGCACUCUACACUAUUGCAGGUGGUCUUGCUGCUGUCAUCUACACUGACACCCUUCAGACAUUUAUCAUGAUUGUAGGAGCAAUUAUCCUGACAAUUACUGCCUUUAACAAGAUUGGAGGGUAUGGUAACCUGGAGCGCGUGUACAGCAUGGCGGUGCCCAGUAAGAUCAUUCCCAACAGUACCUGCCACCUGCCACGUCAGGACGCCAUGCACCUGUUCAGAGAUGCCGUCACUGGAGACCUGCCCUGGCCUGGCAUGACACUGGGGCUCACCAUACUGGCUACCUGGUACUGGUGCACUGAUCAGGUUAUUGUACAACGGUCCCUGUCGGCUAAAAACAUGAGUCAUGUGAAAGGAGCAUCUAUCCUGGCUGCCUAUCUGAAGAUGCUGCCCUUCAUCUUCAUCAUCCUCCCUGGAAUGAUCAGCCGAGCCCUCUAUCCAGACUCUGUAGGAUGUGUGGAUCCUGAGGAGUGUGUGCGAGUGUGUGGGGCUGAAGUGGGAUGCUCCAACAUCGCCUUUCCCAAACUGGUCAUUGAGCUCAUGCCAAGUGGCUUGCGGGGGCUUAUGAUAGCAGUGAUGAUGGCAGCUCUGAUGUCUUCGCUGACCUCCAUCUUCAACAGCAGCUCCACACUCUUCACCAUGGACAUCUGGAAGAAACAUCGCCCUCGGGCCUCAGAGAGAGAGCUGCUACUAGUUGGCAGGAUUGUGACAGUGAUCUUGGUAGUGGUGAGCGUGGUGUGGAUCCCCAUCCUACAGUCAGCCAAUAGUGGCCAACUGUACGUUUACAUCCAGUCUGUGACGAGUUACCUCGCUCCGCCGGUCACUGCUGUAUUCACUCUGGCUGUGUUCUGGAAGAGGACCAAUGAGCAGGGUGCAUUCUGGGGCCUGAUGGUUGGUUUGGUGGUGGGUGUGUGUAGGAUGGUGCUGGAGUUUGCUUUCCCUCCUCCCAGAUGUGGCGUUGUGGAUUCUGCACCUGCAGUGCUGCGUGGCGUCCACUACCUCCACUUCGCCAUUCUGCUCUGUGGGCUCACUGCGAUCGUGGUUACUGUAGUGUCACUGCUCACACCGCCACCCAGCCCUGAGCAGGUGUGUAACCUGACCUGGUGGACAAUAACUGAAGAGCCACAAAGAGAGAUUCCUCUACAGAAAGUGUCCUCUGUCAGCCACCGUAGCUCCCAGGGCUCUGAGCCAACUCGGCGGGUGACAUGUGGUCAGGGGGUAGGAUCGUGUAUCUCAGCAAUGCGGCGAUCAGAGGAGACUCCAGCUCCCAGAGUUCCCUCCAUUAGAGAGAGUGUGUUCUGGUCAAGGUUCUGCUGUGCUAAUGCUCUCCUGCUGAUCAGCAUUAACAUUUUUCUCUAUGCAUACUUUGCCUGAGUGGAGAAUCACAUUUAACAUCCUGCCUCACCCUCACCCUGAACUCCUACCAGUCUCUCCGUGGUGAACUAAAAACUCGGCCUGCCUGCCAACAGCAGCUGAUUUCUCCAGAUCCAAGAAGGAUCCGGAAUUCUUUAGAAAUCAGUGCAGUGUAUUUCACAAAGUAAAGCCAGCAGUUGUAGUUUCUGGUGCUAUAAAACAUCCACAUCAACGUCCACAAGUAGAAUAUUCCCAGAGAGCAAGGCUACACAAACUAUUUUCAUAACAGCAAAUGCACAUUCUUUUAUCUGCAUCUGGAUCCACAAAUGCAACAAAUUACACAUAGUGACUGACAAUAUUGGAAUACACAUGUCAGCCUUUUCCUUCAAGCAAGUUCACAAUGCCAUGAGAAUAUGGUGAAAAUGUUCGAUGUGACAAUGUUUUUAAAUUAUGAUCAGCUCAGGCUCUGUUUGGUGUUGUCUUUUAAAAUCACUUCAUUGGACAUAAAGUUUUUCUGCAGAUGUG